UCUUUGCCCACUUUAAGUGACGUAUAUUAAAUGUGAAUAACAAGGAUAGAGUAUAUUUAGUGUGUAUUAUAGCUGGGGACAAAAUACGAUUAAAAUGUGUCACGAUGGAUCAUAAAUAAACUAGUUCAUAGAGGACUUUACCAGUAUUUUAAGGAUACAGCUAUUGAUAUAAGCUUUUUUGUGCCUUCAUCUGUAAGUCUUCAUAUCAGCGCGGGCCAUUCUGAAAAGAAUUAAAAUGGGAUCAAACUUAAUCAAACGGGUAUUCUUCAUUCAUUCAGUAUUCAUCACAUCAAUUAUAUCUGCAGAUACAUCAUUGGAUUGCUUUAGCUGCACCGACAUCAGUAGCGUUGAUGAUUGCCACGCAACAAAAACUUGUUCACCAACACAGUCGUGUUAUACAGAAGAAUACACGAAUGGAGGAAAGAAACUGUAUACACUUGGCUGUAAAGAGAAAGUGUUUUGCGAAGGCCUGGAUGUCACACAUUUAUUUGGUCGUAGAGAUACAAGCUGUUCACAAUGUUGUGCCCUACAUGGUUGUAACAAGUACCUUUGUCCUCUGAGAUUUACCGUUGCCCCACCACCAGUUGAUGGGGAAUGGUCAUUAUGGGGUGCUUGGGAAGGUUGCAGCUCCACAUGUGGUAUAGGUCUACAGUUCAGAUACCGGAAGUGUGAUAACCCUGCGCCAUCGUCAAAUGGUAGACUUUGUCUUGGAGAUGCCAAGGACGUUGGGCUCUGUAAUAUACCGUGUGUUGAUCCGGGUACUGCCAUUGUAACUGAUACGCCUACUACUACGACGCCAGUUACAACAGAAAAAACGACGUCACCGACAACGUCACACUAUAAUGACGCAGCUAAUUCGACGAUAAAAUAUUUUACCGGAAGUCUGACACAAGCACCUGGAGAAUGCAAGGAUUUGAUAGAUUGUUCUGGGUAUUACAGGCCCGAAUCUUGCCAUGGUAUAUACAGUCCCUGGGCUCAUAGAUAUUGUCCAGCUCAUUGUGGAUUCUGUCCAACUGUUUCUGCACCACCUUGCGUUGAUACGAUUCAAAACUGUAAAGAAUACCAGUCCGACGUGUGUACCAAUCAGGCAUUUUGGCAAUGGCGCGAGUCACAUUGUAGGAAAUAUUGCGGCCUCUGCUAGUUUGUUUAUUAUAAUUAUGUCAUUAACUUAUUAAAUAUAUGUAUAGUGAU